AAAAACUUUUUAUAAAGACAGCGCGGCUGGAGCAGCUCAGUUCCCACUUGGUCAGUACCUAGCAGAGCUGCCGGUGCCUCCUCAGAACAUCUCUGGAUUGCUGCUUGUGGCUGACGCAGGCGACGCACCAAGACAGAGAGCCCCAGGUGCAGACCCCCUCUUCCUCGGCCACCAGGUUGAAUCUUGGUCCUGCAGAAGUGACCCUGUGGCCCUUGUCCUGAGACAAGUCACAGAAGUGACCCUGUGGCCUUGCACCCUCUUCUAUGACUCCGUCUGGAUUUGGCUGGCUGUGGAGACAAGCUCGGAGGGGCUGCCUGGGUCUCGGUGGGGCAUCAGCCAGCUCUCUGGCCACCAUGGUGAAUGCCAGGAACUGAGGGGACAAGCUCUCCAGCCUCAGCAGAGGGACUCAGGACGUGAUGGAGAACAAGGCCAUGUAUCUGCACACCGUGAGCGACAGGGACACCGGCUCCAUCUUUGAGGAGCCCUUCGAUGGCAGGAGCCUGUCCAAGCUGAACCUGUGUGAGGAUGGUCCAUGCCACAAACGGCGGGCAGGAGGCUGUUGUACCCAGCUGGGCUCUCUGUCAGCCCUGAAGCAUGCUGUCCUGGGGCUGUACCUGCUGGUGUUCCUGAUUCUCGUGGGCAUCUUCAUCUUAGCAGUGUCCAGGCCCCGCAGCUCCCCGGACGACCUGAAGGCGCUGACUCGCAAUGUGAACCGGCUGAAUGAGACCUUCCGGGACUUGCAGCUGCGGCUGCUGCAGGCUCCGCUGCAAGCGGACCUGACAGAGCAGGUGUGGAAGGUGCAGGACGCGCUGCAGAACCACUCGGACUCGCUGCUGGCGCUGGCGGGCGCGGUGCAGAGGCUGGAGGGCGCGCUGUGGGGCCUGCACGCGCAGGCGGCUCAGACGGAGCAGGCGGUGGCCCUGCUGCGGGACCGCACGGGCCAGCAGAGCGACGCGGCGCAGCUGGAGCUGUACCAGCUGCAGGUGGAGAGCAACCGCAGCCAGCUGCUGCUGCGGCGCCACGCGGGCCUGCUGGACGGGCUGGCCCGAAGGGUGGGCGUCCUGGGCGAAGAGCUGGCCGACAUGGGCGGCGCGGUGCGUGGCCUCAAUCACAGCCUGUCCUACGACGUGGCCCUCCACCACACGCGGCUGCAGGACCUGCAGGUCCUGGUGAGCAACGCCAGCGAGGACACGCGCCGCAUGCGGCUGGUGCACAUGGACCUGGAGCUGCAGCUCAAACAGGAGCUGGCCACGCUCAACACGGUGACCGAGGACCUGCGCCUCAAGGACUGGGAGCACUCCAUCGCGCUGAGAAACAUCUCCCUCGCCAAAGGGCCACCUGGACCCAAAGGUGACCAGGGGGAUGAAGGAAAGGAAGGCAAGCCUGGCAGCCCGGGACUACCUGGACUUCGAGGUCUUCCAGGGGAGAGAGGUACCCCAGGACUGCCUGGCCCCAAGGGCGAUGAUGGGAAGCUGGGGGCCACAGGCCCAAUGGGCAUGCGCGGGUUCAAAGGUGACCGAGGCCCGAAAGGAGAGAAAGGGGAGCGAGGAGACCGAGCCGGGGAUGCCAGUAAGCGAGUCCUCCCGGGUCACUGGGUGCUGUGCCCACAGGGUUGGAGCUCUUGCCCAUCCCCAUGAGGUCGGGGUCCGGGGACUAGAACCACAUGCUGCGGUCAAGUGUCAAAGAGGCUCCCUCCCUUCUGGGGGGCUCUGCUGGUCCAGCAAGAUUUUGCCAGACCCCAGGGGCGGAGGCUGUUUCUGGAGGUGGUGACAACCUGUGCUUGUGUGGGUGAAUCUGGAGGCUCCCCGCUGGCGGCCUCUGGAGCUGGCUGUGUGCAAUCACAGUGCCUCGGUAUUCUCACUACAGAAUGGGGACAAGAAGAGUCCUUGCCUCCUAGGGUCAAGGUCAGAGUUAAAGGAGUCGAUCUAUGUGAAGUUCUUCACCUGGUUAGGACUCGGGACGCGCCAUUAUCGUCAUUCCUUCCCAGGCACCAAUUCAGACCUCCUUCCUAAAAUCAUCAGAGGCGCUUGCCAAAACUCAGUCACCGACCUUACGAAAAAUGGGGUGUUACAGAGGGAAGAACACAGAAGCCAAGCGGAAUCUCCUGUUUCCCUCCCUUGCCGCUCAGAGGGUGGUGAGGUUGGAGACACUGUUAUCUGGCCGACCACCCAGAUGCCCCGGUCUCCCUGCAGCGGGCACAGGGGUGCUGCCUUAUCUGGCUGUGCCGCUCUCUUUUAGGGUGUACGUGUAGAAUCUCGGAGAGAUUGCCAGACAAGAAUGAA